GAUAGGAUCUAAUCACAGUAAUUGUGAUAGGAUCUAAUUGAUCUGUUUGUUUUGUCUUUUUUUAUUUUCUCAGCCACGUUAUGGCCCAGUCAACAGACAAAAUGUCGCUGCAGAUGGUAUCCACCAUCAGUAACUCAUCCUUGCUUCAGCCAGGCUUCUCUCUCCUGAAUUUUGAUGGGCUUGUUUUCUUUUUUGGUCAGAAAGGAUGGCCAAAGAGAUCCUGCCCCACUGGUGUUUUUCUCCUUGAUAUAAAGCAGAAUGAGCUCAAAAUGAAACCUGUCUUCUUCUCUAAAGAUUCAUGUUACCUUCCCCCUCUCCGUUACCCUGCUCUGUGCACGUUCAGAAGUGAUGCAAGGGCUGAUGAGUACCAUUAUAUCAUCCAUGGUGGUAAAACACCUAACAAUGACCUUUCUGAUAAGAUUUAUCUUAUAAGUUUGGUAAGCAAAACUAGCAAGAAAAUUACGUUCCAAUGCAUUGAGAAAGACCUGGGUGGAGAUGUCCCUGAAGCUAGAUAUGGGCAUUCAAUGAAUGUAGUUCAUAGCCGGGGAAAAAGCAUGAGUGUUCUUUUUGGAGGGAGGUCGUAUACUCCUCUUGCACAAAGAACCACGGAAACAUGGAACAGUGUAGUUGACUGUUUGCCAUCUGUGUUUCUCAUUGAUUUUGAGUUUGGAUGCUGUACAUCAUACAUACUUCCAGAGCUUCAAGAUGGACUUUCUUUUCACGUUUCGAUUGCCAGAGAUGAUACAAUCUACAUCUUGGGAGGCCACUCACUUCAAAAUAACACCAGGUCCCCCAACUUGUACAGGCUAAAAAUUGAUCUGCCCCUGGGCAGCCCAGCUGUGACCUGCACCAUCCUGCCAGGGGGGAUAUCAGUGUCAAGUGCUAUAGUGACCCAGAUCAGUGACAACGAAUUUGUCCUUGUCGGUGGCUACCACUCAGACAACCAGAAACGUCUGGCGUGUAACACCAUAGUUCUGGAAGAUAGUAAGAUAGAGAUUGUUGAAAGUGUGGGUCCGGAAUGGACACCAGAUAUUAAACACUGCAGAAUGUGGUUUGGCUGUGAUAUGGGUAAAGGGUCUGUUUUGCUGGGCAUUCCAGGGGCCAACAAACAAAUAAUUCCUGAUGCAAACUAUUUCUACAUUUUGAGAUGCAAAGGUGCAGAAGAGGACAAGGAAGAAGAAUUGAUAACACAAACUUGCAGUCAGACAUCAAGUGAAGACCCUGGAGACUCCACUCCAUUUGAAGAUUCGGAGGAGUUUUUUUUUAGUGCUGAAGCCAAUAGCUUUGAUGCUGACGAUGCUGAUACUUACAAUGAAGAUGAUGAAGAAGAUGAAUCAGAAACAGGCUACUGGAUCACCUGCUGUGCCAGUUGCAAUAUUGACAUCAACACAUGGGUCCCUUUCUAUUCGACAGAACUCAACAAGCCUGCAAUGAUCCUGUGUUCCAGUGGGGCUGGCCACUGGGUCCAUGCGCAGUGUAUGGAUCUCUCAGAGACCAUGCUUCUAGGUCUCUCAGAAGCAAAUGUCAAAUAUUUCUGCAAUGAGCACAUUGACCUUAAUAAAGGGCUACAAACUCCCCAAAAAGUGAUGUGCCUGAAAAAGACACCCAUGAAACCAUUGCGCAAAAAGAAAACCAUGAAGUUAUCAACAUCGACGAAAAAGUCCUUUCUUCGGAGACUGUUUGAAUAGAUUUACACUGCUGAUUUGUAUUCACCUGGGAGGAAAUGAAAUCACAAGCAAAGGCA